AUGAUAUACUUGAUACAGUGUACAAAGUGUGGCAUGCAAUAUGUCGGAGAGACGGGACAAUGCCUCCAUCAACGAAUGAACAAUCACAGAGCAGACGUAACAAGCAAACAACUGGAAGGCAAACCGGUAGGACGACAUGACAAACCACAGCACUCUGUAGAGGAUAUGAAAGUCACCAUCAUUGACUAUCUGGGAUUGAAAGACGACCUAUCCCGCAAAUGCAGAGAAUCCGAAUGGAUCAGGAAACUGUGUGCAGGUGCCAUAGAUGAAUCUCAUAUUCCAGUUUCACCGCCAGCACUCAAUCAUACCGACUAUUAUAAUCGAAAGGGCUGGUAUUCAGUCAUCCUUCAAGGAGUCAUUGACCACAGAUUUCUGUUUCAUGAGAUCAACAUUGGAUGGCCAGGCAGUGUGCAUAAGGUCUUGACCAAUUCUGCUCUAUUUAAGAAGGCAGAGAAUGGAUCAAUAUUAACAGAGCAUCAAAGAAUGAUUAACGGCUGCAACAUACCAGUUUUUCUUAUUGGUAAUUCAGCUUACCCACUGAAAAAAUGGCUACUUAAACCAUUUGCAGACAAUGAUCGAAUAACUGCCCAACAGAGAAACUUCAACUAUCAAUUUUCAAGAACAAGAAUAGUAGUAGAGAAAGCAUUUGGUAGAACUAAAGGCUCGAUGGCAAACGCUGAUUAA